GUAAAAUGUCCACUUCCGUUUUCAUGUUUGUUUAUAUUAAAAUGACAAGUCUUUUUAAUCUUAUUGUAGAGAAAAAUGAUACUGUGUCAUAAAGGUUAUAUAGUAUAUACAAAUCUUCACAUUUAGUUUGUUCGUUAUAGUUAUUACAAUAAAAGCUUUAGUGCUUUGAGUUGUUACAGAAUGUUGAACUUGACAUUUGGAAGACAAAUUAAGGACUCGUGCCGACUGCAGCUUGAGAGACAGCUUCACGUCACCAACUCACUGAUACACAGACUUGGCCUGGAAUAUGAACUGGAAGGACACAACGGCUGCGUUAAUUGUCUAGAAUGGAAUGAAUCUGGAAGUUUGUUAGCGAGUGGGUCCGAUGAUGUACAAGCCAUUAUUUGGGAUCCGUUCAGAAAGAGACGCUUGACGAGCAUACAGACCGGGCAUCAAGGGAAUAUAUUUACAGUCAAGUUUCUGCCCUGUUCCAAUGACAACGUUCUGGUGACUGGAGCAGCCGACAGCAAAAUCCGUGUUCACGAUGUUGAGUCCAGGGAGACCACUCAUGUAAUCUCGUGUCACACCGGCCGCGUGAAGCGCAUAGCUACAGCCCCUAAAGUGCCAUUCAUGUUCUGGAGUGCUUCUGAGGACGGAAGUGUUAUGCAAUUUGACCUACGGUGCCCAGAGCUGUGCAGUCAGAACAGCAAAAAUGUCCUCGUAAACCUUGAGUCCCAUGUUGGUGCCCAGAUAGAGUUCAAAUGUAUAGCCAUCAACCCCACCCGUCCCGAGCUCAUAGCGUUGGGAGCCAACGACCCUUACGUCCGUGUUUAUGAUCGCAGGAUGUUGACAUGCCAGAGCUUGCAGAGGUCAGGCAGUCAGUCAAGAUCAACCAGUCCGGAGGAGUUUCCAUUGUUGAGAGGCUGCGUGGAAUACUAUGUCCCAGGUCAUAUACCGCAAAAGAAAGAUGACUACAAGAAGAAAUUGCGUGCUUUAGCAGCCACGUAUGUGACCUUCAAUCCAGACGGCUCUGAACUGCUGGUGAACUUGGGUGGAGAACAGAUCUAUCUCUUCGAUGUGAACAGAAAACGAAGGAUUGAAAAGUUCAGCUCUAUUGUUAUCAGCUCAAACUCAAAAGGUUCUAGUGUGAAUGGGUUUAGCACGUACUCCAAUGGCACGACCAAUGGAGUUUCCAAACACAUACAUGGGGCCUCACAAACUAGUUCAAACAUUAAAAGUCAGGACAAACACAAACAUUGCAGACAUAAAGAUAGCAGAAAGUCUUUGUCAAGCGUGGUAGAAAGCUUGAAGAAGAAGGCCAACGCCUACUUUGAGAAGGAACAGUAUAACAAGGCCAUUAACCUGUAUAACCAGGCCAUCAUGAAGGCCCCUGAUGCCUCCAUGCUCUAUGGCAACAGGGCUGCCGCAUACAUGAAACGCAAGUGGGACGGGGACGUAUACGCUGCCAUGCGAGACUGUCACAGUGCCUUACGACUGGACCAGAACCACCUGAAGGCCCAUUUCAGACUGUCCAAGUGUCUCAACGAGCUACAGUGGUGCUCCGAGGCAUUUGAGUGCUUGAAACACUUCAAAAGCAAGUUUCCAGACUAUGCCAGCUCCAAGGCUUGUGAGCAGUUGGACAAGGAUAUUAAGGCGGCCUUGUUCUCCAUGACUGAUCAUGAAGAAAAGUCCAGCAGUACGGCAAGUGAUCUGUUCUUCCCAAAGUCGCAGCCAGUGUCAGAGCUAGAGAAGAUAUGGCGGGCAGAGGCCAAUGAUUACGAGUCUCGUUUCUGUGGACACUGCAACACCACGACAGACAUCAAGGAGGCUAACUUCUUUGGCAGUAACGGACAGUACAUAGUGGCAGGCUCUGACGACGGGUCAUUCUUCAUCUGGGAAAAAAACACAACAAACAUAGUUCGAGUAUUACGUGGUGAUGAGUCGAUAGUGAACUGCCUGCAGCCUCACCCUUCCUGUUGUCUGCUGGCGACCAGCGGCAUUGAUCACGCAGUACGCUUGUGGACGCCACAGCCUGAGGACGGAUCAAAGAACGAUCGAGAGGUGAACAACUCUGAUGACGCGGCCCUGGCAAAUCAGAAGCGCAUGAAUGCGGACCCCUUGGAAGUGAUGCUGAUGAACAUGGGGUACCGGCUCAGCGCCGUUGACGACGGGGAUGAAACGGGGGGUCGGGGUGAGGGCCACAUUACGUGUCCAACCAGCUGAGUGGGGUGGGCGGGACUGAAUGAGUGGCGUAGCAGUCGAAUUAUAACCAUAUGUGUUAGCCUGAAUUCUGGCUCUAAUAGUAGAAAAUUGUUUUGCUGGAGUUCAUGAAGAGAACUUUAUAAAGAAUGAAAAGUACUGUUAACAAAACACCAUAUAAAAAUGCUGGAAAUGGUAUUGCAUAUUGUAUAAAAAUUACUUUAUAAGGAACCAUUUCUCACAAUAAAACAAAACUACAAACAAGUGCAUUAUGAAGAAUAUAGUAUACUUAAUAUAAAUAAGAAUAUUUUAUGAGCAACAUUUAAUAGAGAAUAGUUAAAACUCGAUAAAGAAUAAUUUAGUUAAAAGUAAUUAUUGCUUAUUCAUGAUCAUUAUAAUACAUUAUGUAUAUACAGAAUCAUGAUUUGCAUUUUCUGAUGAUACCAAUCUCAGAAUGCUUAUAAUUAUUGUUUAAAGAUAACAUAUUAUAGCUAAAAGCAAACUAAUUUAAUAAUCAUUGCUUAUUUAUGUAUUUGUUAAUUUUUGAAUAUUUGCAAUUUCUUUUUUUUUUAAUUAUUCUAGAACAUCUGAUUUUUUGUGCAAAUCUUUAAAUAUUUUAAAUGUUGAAGCUCUGACAGUCCUUAUAAUGAAUGAAAAAAAAACGUACAUAUUUAAAAACAACAACAACAAAACAACUAGACAUUGAAAUUAAUUUAGAGUUUUCUAAUGUCAAUAGUUUUACAGAUCAGUACAUGUGUAUGUUCAUGUAUACUGGGAUCUAUUAUGUCAUGAUUUCCUAAUAAUGGUGUGAUUUUUUGAUUAUGUAAAUUAUAAAGGACCUUCUGCACACGGAAGAUUCUGGUUGCAAAUUAUAAGGCAGGAUGCAAUGAUAUUUGAAAGAUUUUUCUAUGUUAAAGUUACUGUUGAUACAGAAACACAGUUGUACAGACAGUUGGUGGGGGUUAUAAUAAAUGGUCUGUGAUAGAAAAUGAGUUACUGAUAAAAAGGACAGAUGUUAUUUCCAUUUGUAUUGUUAAAAUUACAUAGUGGACUGCAUUAAUUAUACUGUCUGUCAUCAUUUUAUUAGCUUGGCUGUUUUCAGAGAAACCCAGAGGUAUUGUCAUAGCCAGCUCGUCUUCCGGCGUCGUGCUAAAACCUUUACAUUUUGUUAACCUUUUGAACAUUGGCUCUAAAAUCAAAGUGCUUCCACCUACAACUUUGAAACUUUAUAUGUAGAUGCACCUUGAUGAGUUCUACACGCCACACCCAUUUCGGGGUCACUAGGUCAAAGGUCAAGGUCACUGUGACCUCUAAAAAAAAUAAUCUGACAAGCUUUCAUUUAUUCAAAACUGCACCCGCAGCAGAGCGUUGGCACCCGUUAUGCGGUGCUCUUGUUUGCUUUAAGUAUGUCAUGUGGUUACAGCAGUCUGUUUUAGCUCACCUGUUUAUGAUGAGCUUUUGUAAUCGCCAUUUGUCCAUGGCUGUUGUCAACAUUUACCUUGUAAACACUCUAGAGGCUUUAUUUAUUGCACAAUCUUUAUAAAACUUGGCAAAACAUGUAUCCCAAUGAUUUUUAGGCCAAUACUUUAAGAGGGUAAUAUGGAGUCAAACACCUGGUCAAUUGACGACCAACCUUGUGAAGUCAUUUUCUUGAUGAAACAACAUGAAACAGUGUUCUGCUCUGCUUAAAAUCAUGGCGUCAAUGGGCAGGGUAGUUUGCAUUAUAUUGUCCAAGAAAAAGAUUGUGAACACUUAAGAAGACACAUUUUUUCUCUAGUCAAUAUGGCAGUAUUGAACACUUUUCAAAGCGUGUGAACACUCAGCUGUGAUCUAUCUUAAUGAAGCUUGAUGAUUUACAUAUUAUAAUGCAAUUUAUUCCAAUAAAAAUAAAGACCAGUUCAAAUCUGCAUCACCCAGUGGGCUCAAAAUUUGAUCAUGAGCUCAAUUUUAAACACUAACAAAGAAGGUUGUGAACUCUUACUUAUUAUUUGGCUUUGGGUUGAAGCGAUCCAUGUGUAUUGUACAAUAUGUGCAAUAUUUAUGAGCAAACUUUAAUGUAGUUGAUUUUAGUUUUCGGACGUGUUUUCCUCAGGUGAUCGAGGCCCCCUCUUAUGUAACUUGACUGUGCAUAUUAUCAUAUCUUAUUAUAAGAUCUUUUGCACAGCUUUUGUGAAUUUUGAACAACAUGAUUACUAGACAUUAUUAAUGAUUUUCUAGUAUGUAUUUUAGACUAGAACCUAUCAUGAAAAUUAAUUAGAGUAAGUUUGUGUUUAAAGUAUAUUGUUUUAUAUAUGCGUGAUUGUUGUUAUUUUGUUACUGGAAAUAAAUCAAUGCUAAUCGCA